CAGAGCGUCCGUUUUAAUUUGAUCUGCGAGUAAAAUCAUAUUGGCGGAAACAUUGUACGAGUAUGAUUUAAAUAUUGUAAAGCUGUUUAUUAAUAGGUUAUUUACGUUCAUUAUCCAUAUUAUGAGAUUAUGUUUAAAGAAAGAGGAAACUGCUGAAUGUUGGAAGUGAUGUACGUAAGAUGUCGCGUGUAGGCGCGUCCGUCCUGCUGGAGUUGCAAUCCCACCCGCCGACGCCGGACGUCGAACAACAGCGCGCGGUUUCCUGCGCAAUCCAAUGCGAGAUAUCAUGUAAAGUGUGCACCGCAUUCAGAAGCGAGAGGCCGAAUCAAUACAUUUAGGUCAACCGAAUUUCCAACUGGAAAGACACCGGAGUUGCGGCGGACGAUAUGCGAACGCAGCCAACAGAAGGUCCGAGGCGAUCGUGAGUUGCGUGCAAACAGCGUUUUAUUUUUUAACCAGUGCAUCAAGUAUCCCAUUAUCUCCAAAAUAGUAGUAAGACGAGCAGCGAGAAAGUGGAAAAGUAGCAUGAAAAUGGACGUGGCGGUGCCGCCGUUCGACGCGGAACAUAACGCGAGGCCUGACGACAAGCUCGGUGACAUAACAGAGCCAACUAUAAACAAGACGGCCGACGAACCUGCUGCCACCGACGUCCCCGUCGAACAGGAGGAACAAGAGCAAGAGCAGGAUGAAGAAGACGAGGAGGAGGAGGAGGAAGAGGAGGAGCAGAUAGCAUGCUCGCAGGAAGAGCCGAUCGAGCAAGCCAGCAGUGUCGGAGUCGAGGAGAACCACGAAGAAGAUGAAGACGAGGUGGAGGAGGAGGAAGAGCAGGAGGUAAAGCCAGAAGCCGAUCAGCAGCAACAGCAGGAAGUCGAGGAGGAAGAGGAGACGGAAAGCUGCAGUCUCCUCGAAAACGCGCUCAAGAAACGCACCGAAGAGGAAGAGGAGGACGAAAGGUAAGAAACACAACCCAACAACCAUUCAUUUUCUUUACUGUCGACCGUUUCGUGAGCAAGUUUCCCAAAUGACAAACUGCAGGAUUUGUUAUUGUAGGUUAUGUUUUGACCGCUUCCAAUUGACAGAUUAUUCAUUGCGUUGGCACCAGUGUCAGCAUGAAGCAAAUGUCAUUUUCAAAUUUCAGACAACAUAAACUAAAUAUUAACUAAAAUUACUCCACAUACAUUUAAAACCCUCACAAAUAUUAC